CGCACACUUUUAAAUUUGAGCUUGUUCGUGAGGUCAGGUGAGAAAUUAUGGCUGUUGUGGAGAUAGUGAGAUGCAUGUCUCUAGUGAUUGGCAAACCUGUUGAUCCAGUCAGGCUAUUUGAUAAUGGUGAUUACAUGGAUGAUAUCCUGUCGCAACUUCUUUGUCUCUUCUACGAUACGAAGCUAAAGAAUCCUUUGAAGCACGAAUUUAUCACAUUGGUGAUGGUAACAGCCAGCAGUUUAGGAUUUGAGAAACAUUUCACUUUGAAUGAUUUCGGUGAGAAGAGAGAACGGAGUAAAUGGGUACCCUUUCUCUCGGUUUUCGUCUCGUGGUUCGAUUGUGAUUUUAAAGAAGUUCACGAGGUGGUUGAAUCAGCCAGAGAAAGGAGAGAUGUGUAUAAGGAAUUGUUGGAAUCGAAUAGAACUCGCGAGUGUGAAUUACAGCGUCUGCAAGAAGCAGAGUGUGAGAGGCGUGAGAGAAUCAAAGGUCUUGAGGCAGAACUGUGCCGCUUGAAGUCAUGCUAUGCUGAGAAGAGUGCUAUGGUUGCAUCUAGAGAAGAUCUCUACCGAUCGUUGGUUUCUUCGUGUGAAGAGAAAAAGCUCCAGAUAGAAUCAUAUAAAAAUAAACUUGAACGUGUCAAUGAAGAUUGUGAAAGUGUACAAUGUUCAUUGAUAGACAAUUGUGAGCUAUUACCAAAAUUAAUAUCAGAUGUAGAAAGUCAAUUGUAUGCAGUUGAAUCAGAUAUUCAUCGAUUAUUUGAAGCAUUCAAUCGUGCUGUGGAUAGGUUAUCAAUGCUUCAAAAAUAUGAACAUUUAAUAACUACAGAGUUGAAACCAAGAUUUGAUCAAGUGUAUGCCUUAAUGGAGAAAUUAGUGGAAGUUACAAAUAACGAGAAAGAAUAUCAAGGAGUAGUGGAUUUACUAGUGAAAGAUAAUAAGAAAAUGCAGGCAACAGUGGAAGAAGUACAGGCACAGUUAGCUGAACAUCAUUCACAGGUGGUGAGAAGGAAGUUGUUAUUGAAUAACAGGAAGAAGGCACGUGAAACUGAUGAUGCAGAUAGGUCAAAAAAGAUUGACCAGUUUGUAGCUGAAGAAGAAACAUUGCAGAAACAAUUGUCUGGUAUCACUCGAGGCAAUUCAUGCACGAUGAGACAGAUAAACAUAGAAGAGGAGGCACUUGAAGAGGUUUCAAAAUGUCGAAUUUCCUUUGAAGAACUGAACAAAGUACUACUUGAUAUAAACCACAUUCUAGGGAGAAUUUCUUCUUCGUCAAGAUGAAAAUGGUUGUCAUCUCUGAUUGAAGUUCUAUGCACUUUUGACGUCGUCCUUCUAAUUCUCUUCAACAUGUGUACAGUGAAAUGUUAUUGACUAACUGUAAAUAUUUCCUUGAUGAUUGUGUGUCUAACAUAAAUGUUGUUUAAUAUAAAUAAUAAUAGUA